AUGUUAGGUAAAGUUUUCGUAAGCUACAUCAGAACAAGAAUUGGGUUCAAACCUCUAAGCACAAUAUACACGCCUCUUUCUUCUUCCUCGCACAGCUUCGGUAAAGAUGAGUGCUUCCCGUUUAAGAAAUGGCACGAGUUGGAUAUGUCCCAGAAGCAAGAAUUCAUCCAGCUGUUCGUCAAGAACUACAGACACCAAUACCCAAGUUCUAAGACCAAUGUAUCACUAAAAGGGCUGAGUAUUGGCAUGGAUGAGCAUAACGACUCACCAUCUGUCUUCGGCAUAUUUUAUAACGAUAUUUGGAAAUCGUUCAAGAACGAGCAACUAGGGACUAGAAAUGAUAAUAUGAAAUCGGGUAAUAGGUUCAGUCAUCCUAGCUUCAAACAAUUGUUAAUACAAAAGUGA